AUGGCCUUUUCUGAACUCCUGGACAGAGUGAGCAGCCUGGGCCGGUUCCAGGGUCUCCAGACACUGGCCUUGGCGGUCCCCAUCAUGUGGCUCAGUGCUCUGAUCCUGCUGGAGAACUUCUCAGGCGCUGUGCCCGGGCACCUCCUGGACAACAGUGCCGCCCAGGCCAGCGCCCCCGGGGCCCUGGGCCCUGAGGCCCCCCUGGCUGUGUCCAUCCCUCCGGGUCCCAACCAUGGGCCCGACCAGUGUCGCCACUUCCGCCACCCACAGUGGCAGCUCCUGGACCCCAAUGCCACAGCCACCAACUGGAGUGAGGCAGCCACGGAGCCCUGCGUGGAUGGCUGGGUCUACGACCGCAGCACCUUUACCUCCACCAUCGUGGCUGAGUGGGACCUGGUGUGUGGCUCUCAGGCCAUGAAGCCCAUGGCCCAGACCAUCUUCCUGGCUGGGCUCAUGGUGGGAGCCACCAUGUUUGGCAGAGCCUCUGACAGGUUUGGGCGCAGGCUGGUGUUGACCUGGAGCUACUUUCACGUGGCCGUGUGGGGCACAGCGACUGCAUUUGCUCCCACUUUCCUUGUCUACUGCCUCUUCCGCUUCCUGGUGGGCGUGACCUGCUCAAGCAUCUUGGUGAACACCCCCGUUCUCCUGACGGAGUGGACGUCUGAGCAAACCCAAGCCUUGGUGCCGACCCUCAGUACCCUGGGCUACAGCUUCGGCAUGGUCCCGUUGGCCGCGGUGGCCUACGGUCUACGCGAGUGGACGCUGCUGCAGCUGGUCCUCUCUGUCCCCUUCUUCCUCUUCUUUGUGUACUCCUGGUGGGUGCGGCUGGCCGAGUCGGCACGCUGGCUCCUCAUUGCAGGCAGGCGGGAGUGGGGCUUGCGGGAGCUGCAGGAGGUGGCAUCCGUCAACGGGAAGAGGGCAGCAUGUGACCCUGCUCAGGGCCUCUGGGAGGCCAGCCAAGGGCUCCAGACCCCUAGGGCCUUGCUCUCAGCGCUGCAGGAGGAGCUCAGUGUGAGCCAGGCUCCGCCAGCCUAGGCGCCCUGCGUCGCACCCCUGGAACUGGGCCUCCGCACCUGCGUCUCCACUGCAUCCUCGUUCGCCUAUGGCUUCACCUUCUUUGGUCUGGCCUUGGACCUACAGGCCAUCGACAGUAACAUCUUCCUGUUGCAAGUCAUCCUUGGGCUCAUUGACAUUCCAGCCAAGAUAGGCUCCCUGAUGCUGCUGAGGUGUCUGGGCCGCCGCUCUGUGCAGGCAGCGUCCCUGGUGCUCGGGGGGCUCUGCGUCCUGGCCGACGCGCUGGUGCCCCAUGAGGUACCUGCAAUCAGCCCUAGCCAUCCUGGGCUCGGGUGUCUAGGGACCUCCUACACCCACAUCAGCAUCUACAUGGGGGAGCUCUUCCCCACCUUGCUCAGGAUGACUGCUAUGGGCGUGGGCCACAGCGCGCUCCGGGUGGGAGCCAUGCCGGCGCCUUUGGUCCGGGUGCUGGGCGUACACCAUCGCACGCUGCCCCUGCUGCUGUACGGGGCCGUGCCGGUGCCGAGUGGCCUGCCCGCAUUGCUGCUGCCCAAGACCCAGAGUCUGCCGCUGCCCAACACCAUCCAAAAUGUGCAAAACCAGACAGUAAAGAAGGCAACACAUGGGACCCGGGUGCACUCUGUCCUGAAAUCCACGCAGUUUUAG